AUGCCAGCCUCAUCGCUGCCCCACGAUUCCUCCACCCACCUGGAGGAGAUGUUUAACAUCGAGACCGCAGUGAUCGCUGCGUGGACCGCGUUCAAGCUCGAAAAGCUCGGCAAGACGGCAGAGGCCAACAAGGGCCUCUCGUUCGCGAAGUACUACGGCAACAUCGCGGAGAGCGACCUGUCGUGGGAGUAUGAGUACGAUUGCGUUGCAGGCGUCGACCCAGUCAACGUUGACGGUCUUCGCGAGUAUCUUGAGAAGAUACCUGAGAUUGUGGAGGGUGGAAAGGACCGUGUGGAGGAUCCAGAGGUCGCUGCCGAGAUGAAGAAGGAGUUGAACGCUUGGCUCGCCGAGUCUUUGCCGUUGACCAACAAGAUGGGACGCUCCGACGACUCUGCGCAGAAGGAAGCAUCCAAGGAGUAA